AAAAAACCAUCUUCCCUGUUUUUCUGUUUUUUCUUUGUCACUGCCCUCCGAAUGGAUGGUAAGCGACAAAAUCACCAGGACGCCAACUAAUUCCAUUAUCUUCUGGAUCAGAUCAUACCCAAGAAUAAAUGACGCUAAUCGCAACAAAUGACUCGACAAAGGUUAUAUUACCAAACCAUCCGGUUUUAGUCACUACCUGACGAAUAAAAUUUGAUGCCUGUUUUGCCCAAAUUUGAUUAUAUAAGCACUCCCUGCUCUGUUCUUCCCCUCCAUCUCUUCUCUUGAUUUCCAUUACCAUGGGUGAAAAUAGCAGCGCUUUUGAUGUUCGUGUUCCUGUUUACACGUCUGAGGAGCUUCUAGAGAAGUCGCAAGAGAAAUGGAAAGGGCGAAAGCCACCAUAUCCUGCAAUGUACUCUAGCAUCUUUGGUGGAAUUACUCUUGACCCUGCUCUGAUGACUAUCCCUAUUGAUGAUCAUAUGGUACACAGAGGUCACGGUGUUUUUGAUACUGCUAUGCUUUUGGAUGGGCACUUGUAUGAGCUUGAUGCCCAUCUAGAUCGUUUCUUAUGGUCCUCUGCAAAUGCAAAGAUAUUUCCUCCCUUACCUCGUGAAACAUUGCGCACAAUUCUCAUACAGAUGACAGCAGCAUCAAAGUGCAAGAAAGGUUCAAUCAGAUAUUGGUUGAGUGCAGGCCCUGGGGAUUUUUUGCUAUCACCUGCAGGCUGUCCGGAGGCAGCAUUUUAUGCAGUGGUCAUCGAUGAUGACUACUCUCAGCGCAAGGAAGGCGUGAAAGUUAUAACAUCAACAAUACCAAUGAAACCUCCACAAUUUGCUACAGUGAAGAAUGUGAACUAUCUCCCCAAUGUUCUCUCAGUAAUGGAAGCUGAACAACAUGGUGCCUUUUCUUCUGUGUGGGUUGACAAGGAGGGGUAUAUCGCUGAGGGUCCAAAUGUAAAUGUGGCAUUCAUAAGCAAGGCAAAGGAGCUCCUACUCCCCUCAUUUGAUAAAAUCUUGAGUGGUUGCACUGCCAAGAGGCUUCUAUCACUGGCAAGUCAAUUAGUCGAGAAGGGUCUUUUACAGAGUGUUAGAGCUACAAAUAUAACACUAGAACAAGCAAAGGAUUCAGCUGAGAUGAUGUAUGUCGGAAGUGGCCUUCCUCUAUUACCGAUCAUUGAAUGGGAUGGACAGCCCAUUGGUGAUGGACGAGUUGGUGAGCUAACACUUGCACUCUCUGAUUUACUUUGGGAAGACAUGAAAGCAGGACCAGGAUCACAGAGGGUGCGUGUGCCUUACGAGGAAGGCGAUGCAAUUUAAAAGUCUUUUUUUAUGAUUUCUGUAGGACCUGCUCAUUUGAUCCUUUAGGGAUCUUGUUAACUUGAUCUCUGCUGUGUGUGCUGCUUGGUAGGUCACCUGGAAUUGUUUCUAUUGUUGUACCGAAAUGCACAAAGGCUGUGCAUUUGUUCUCAUGGUGCUCUUUGUUGCUUUGCUUUGUGCUUGAAAUAUCUGAAGAAAUAAAAUUAAUUGUCUUGAGUCUUCUUUGUGCUCAGGAAUGAAGAUUGUUUUUGUGAGACUAGUUAUUUACCAUAUUCAAGCUGCAGUAUUGUAUCAGAUAAACAUCCUUUGUGGAAACUAUUUGUACCUCAAAUCUCUUAUGGAAACCGAUUUAUUUUC